ACUCUCCUUUCAAAAGUUAUCGUGUUAACGGCCGGACGGACAUACUGACCGAUUAUAGUAGUGUACUCACUUUUUGAGUACACUAAAAAAGACAAUUCUCAUAUUCCACAUCUGCAUACUCAGCCUAAUCGCAGAUGCUUAGUAAUUCGUGAUUAAAAAAAAAAAGUCAAUACAAAUUAUAUUCAUUUAUGUAGAAGAUUAUUUACAUUGGAGAUUUGUCUUUCAUUACGGUUCGCUAUCGAUUUCACAACUUUCUUGUAAACAAAGAUUUACAAUUGUUAAAUCAAAUCACAACUAAUUUUCAAUAAGAUUUUUUAAAACAUAAGUUUAUUCUUUGAAGAAAUUAUUAUUAUGCAAAAUUUUAUAGAAAUUGAAAGAAUGCAAAACAAACAUUCAUUUAUCCUUAAAUAUUAAUAUCUAUAUAUAUUUGUUUUUGUACAAAACAUUUUUAAAUGAGAUAUUAUAUUUUAAGUCGAACAAUAUUUUUUUUUUUUAAAUAAAAUAAUUAGUAUAACUUUAUGUGAAUCAAAUUGAAGUGUAAAUAACAUCUAAUACUGAAAUAAAAUAUAAAUAAAAUUUGUUUCUUCUCUUUCGAUUUUUAUCAUUGUAUUAAAAUCCUUUCCUAAAUAUUUAAUCUGUAGUUAAUGUGAAUAUAAAUAAUAAUUUUAGUUAAUAGUUUUUUUCUAUAAUGACUAAUUUUAUCGAUAUAAGUCAAGAUUAUGAUUACUCAUAUUUCAACUAUUUUUUAGUUUCUCUAUUUGUGAACAGAUUAGUUAUGGUAACUAUAAAAUUGAUCAAACGAAUUAAAUGCUAUCGACAAUGAAGAAUUUCAAUCUUUAAUUGAUUUUUUUUAUCAAUAUAAAAAUAGAUUAAAUCUCAAAUCUAUUUCGAUCGAAACAUUUAUUUAGCUCGUAUCUCUUCUUCGAGAAUUUUUAGUUCAAUUGACUUGAAACUUUUGCUUUACUAAAGGACGAUGGAAAUUUUUCUAAUUUUACCAUACAUUCGUUCAAUGAAGAGUUAUUUUUAUUCAGGUUAAAACAUUAUUCAUAGUUUAUAUUCUUAAAAGAUAAGAAAUUUUUUUAAAAAUUAUUUUAAAGUAUUUACAACUGAUGUGAACAAAGAACUUUGAUCAUAUGUGAGCUAUUAAAAAACUAUAAUUUUUUCAAUUAAUUUAUACUAAUAUCAAUUGAUUAAAACUUCUACUAUAGAUGCAUGUCUUGUUAACUUUUUCUCAUAAACAAAAUUAUGAAUAUACUAAAAUGAUUUUCGAUACUAGCUCUUCUGUAAAUGUAAACUGUGAAUAUUAAUUUGUCAUAAAUAGAAAUAUCAACUCAUUAUACUAAAGUGCAAGGCUCUCAAUUGUUUUUACAAAUGGGAGUGGCUGAUUUUUUUUGACAGACACCAUUCGGUAGUUUUCUCGCAGAAAUUUAUUUCUGUCCAAAAUUUUUAUAAGUAAUUCAGUUGAACUUAUUUUGACUAGAGUUCAUGAGGAAUUUGAAUUUGCUGCAAAUUCGAAUCGCUUAUACCGCUAUAGCGGUAUAGUGGUAUACCGGUCCUCAAGACCUGUUUUUGAAAAAAAAAUUUUUUUUAAUGCAGAAACAGACUGUUUGAGAAAAAAAAAUUUCGAAAACACCUGAAAUUUUUUUUUUGGAUAGCUUUUUUAACGCAGAAACACACUAUUUGAGAAAAAAAAAAGUUUUUUUGAAAAACAGGACUUGAGGACCCCUACCUACACUCACACUCUAAGAUACGUGCAUACCUCUAUAUAACGAUUUUGUCGCAAAUUCAUUUUUUUUAAAGAAAUUGAAUGUGUCACAAAAUCAAAUUCCCCAUCAUGUAACUCGAUCCAUUAUGUCAGGGAUUGACUACUUCAAAGCCUAAUUGAGAUAUACCUAUGGUUGUGCUCAUCUUUUUCACCUCUGAAUGUACUGUUCCAAAACAAAGUGCAAGAUGAAGAUGAGACAAAGCGAAUACGUCUUUUCAUGUUUUUUUUUUUCCAUAACUUGUACAUCUUUGUUCUAUUGGUGCAUAAAUAUAUAUCCGUUUUUUUCGAUGAAAGUCUAAUUCUAAAUAUCAGUUUCGAUGAUAUCAUUCAAAUCACCAUCUUUUGACUGUUUAACUUAAUUAUAAUAACUUUGAUAAUCUCUGUUAUUAAACUUAUAAAUUCGAUGAAAUAUAUUUAGAGAAGUUGGAACUUCGAUAAACAUAAGAACUUCAAUACGACAUAUACACAGAAAACGCUCUGACGCCACUAAGUACAUUUUAUAUUUUGAAAGACUAAGUAAUGCAUUACUACUUCUAACUUUACAAACAAUCUAUCUCGUACAUCAGGGUGAACAGAGUCUUUGCACUGAUUGUCAGAUUCAAUAAAUCAACUGUAUUAUGAUUUCAAAUAAGAAACGCAGAUUGUACUGUUUGAUAAUUUUGCCAGAGAUUCCCCAACACCAAAAAAUUUUGCAGACCCGUAACAGCAAAAUUUUGGCAGACACUCUGAAAAAGUGGGGAGGGGGGACUAGCACACCCCAUCCUCCCCCCUCCACAUCGAGAGCCUUGCUAAAGUGUCUUCAGAUUUUAAUCUUUACUAUAAAAUAUAGGAGUUGAGAAUGUAUAACUAAUUUAAUUUGAUUAAGAAGUAAUGGCAAAAAAUAUUAGACUAGUCUCAUUUUUGAAAAAGGUCGAUAUUACUUGACUAGCCAUAAUAGACAAUGGUAUUAUGGUAGAUAUAAGUUAACUUAAGUAAUUGUUCAUAUUUUCUCUUCUAACUAAUUAAAAAUAAAUGCGAAAACAUCGGAUUUACAUUCGAAUGUUAUGUGUACUUCAAAAAGUGAAAAGAUAUCUUUAUCAUCUGAUAAAUAUCUAGACUAUUUGCUUUCUCAUCUGUAGUUUGAGACCUUUUUCGGUAGAUGUUUUAUUAGAAAGGUUCAAAACUAAUAUCAGAUUCGGAAUCACCGAUAAAAACUGAGUUGAUUUAUAUAAGUUGUGAAGAAUUCCAAGAAAAAAAUUUUUUUUUCAAAAAAUCCCUGUACCUCCCCUCUCAAGGAUGGUCAAAAUAAUAAUGACAAUUUUUUCGAUAACUCAGUCAUUCCUUCUCAUUUUUGAACUCGAUCGAGACUGAACUGUAUAGAAAAUUUCAUUAUGAUCAGACUCUCCUUUCGAAAGUUAUCGUGUAAACGGUCGGACGGACAUACUGACCGAUUCUAGAGUGUAUGAACUUUUUGAGUACACAAAAAGAAUCGAUCAUGCCGUAUAUCUUUAUACUGUUUCAAACAAAAAAUAUAUCUGAUGGGUUAGAAGAAUAAAAUUUUAUUAAAUGUUGAAAAAUAGCAUAAAGUGAAAAUUAUGAAAAAUAUUUUUAAAUUCUUCAAAAAUUAUUCGUUGUUUUCUUUUUAAAUCGAGAAUUAUAAAAAAAAUUUUUCUAAAACUCUCGGGAGAAAACUGAUUCUGUAUGGAAUGUAGGUGUGUGUAUGAAAUAAUUAAAGAUUUACAUCCAUACUCUAUUUAUUUCUCAUUCAUUUCUAUUUAAUAUAUGAUAUGAUAGAUUUUCUUACAAUGUGUUGCAUUUUUUUUUUCUUCAGAUAUUUCCAAUUCUCUUCUUUUUUAAUUCAUUGUUUGACUUUUUUUUUAUUCAAAUCAUAAGAAGAGAGAAUGAAAGAAAUAGAGUUACUACUUUUCCAGUUUCUAAAGUAAAACAUUGAUGUGAAGGAUAAUAAAAUAAAUAGCAUAGUCAUUAAACUAUUUAAUGAAGAUAAUCACAAGAAUUUCGUUGAAUUUUUUGUUUCCAAUAAAAUUUCUAUACUAUACGAAUCGAAGAUGGAUAAAAAAAAUUUUUUAUUCACAAGGUUCUCUACAUUUCUCUUUAAUAUUGAAUCAAUCUCAUCUAAAUGAACCUUCUUCAAAUGAAUCAUAAUAAAAAUGAAGAACCUAAAGACAUAGUCUACGAUAAAAUCAUUUUUAAGAGGUUUUUUUUUAAAAGUUGUAAUUUCUAUCGAAACUAGUGUAACUCAAUUAACAUUAUUAAAACAUGGUAUGUUUUGAGAUUAGUUGUUAUGUAAGAUUUUCUUUUUUUUUGAAUAUUAAAGUUUGAUGAUUUCGAAAUCAAAGCAAUUUUUUGAAAGUAUCUCUUGAAUAAUUUGAAUAAUUAAUUAUAAAAUAGUUCAAUGGGUUCUCAUGGCAAGGAAGUCUUAGACAAUUAAAGUUAUUCACCAACUUCUACUAAUAAUUUUAACAUCUUCUAUGGAGAAUGUGGUUUUUUUUUCUAAGUAUCAAUUGUAAACCUUCAAUAGAAUCCAGUUACUGAAAAGUGAUUUUUUUUAACAAAUCAAUUCGAUAUUGUAUGUGAACAUGAGUUUGUCAAUGAGAAUGUAGACCUUCUUCUCAUGAAUAUUUUACAUCCAUACCUUUUUUUUUUUUGUUUUUUAAUCAACUUUUCAUACGAAUAAGUACAAGAAAAUAAUUAUAAUUAGACCAAUAUUUUUGUAGAAUAUAUAUUAUAUGUUGACAUACUCUUUGAAUCAUAAAUUAUUUUAUUCCAAAAAAGAAAAAUAUUUUUUGUAUAGAGUAAUAAAUUUCACUAUAGUUUCUACAUGUCACAAUUGGAUGUUUUACAUUGUUCUUAUUCUUAUGAGUGUAAAAGCUUCGAAAUUUUGAGUUUUUCAAACAAAAAAAGAUGUUACUUUUAAAUUUCACAUAUUAUAUAAUCAAAUUAGAUAAUCAUUUUAAGUUUUAUAGAUAGUAUUUAACUAUAUAACGAGAAUCAAGCAGCAGUAACCACGAUCCAAAAAUUCGCAAUUCAAGAAAUUCAAGAAAUUCAAUGAAGCAGUAUAAUACAGAGAGUUAUCAGUCUAAGGUAUGAUGGAAUUCAAGUUAUUCAAGAAAUUCAAGGAAUUCAACAAAGUGAUGCAAGACAGGCACUUAUAAGCCUCAAGUAAGAUGGAAUUCAAGAAAAUCAAGCAAUUCAAGAAAUUGUUGCGUGCGGGUGUGAGGUGUGAAUGAAGAGUGUGGAUGUGGAGUGCGUGUGGGUAUGGGCGUGGAUAUGGAUGUCGGUUUGUCCAUAGGUUAAAAAUAUAUUGACACCGACAUCCACAUGCUGCAAUUUCUUGAAUUUCAUCAUACCUUAGACUGAUAACUCUCUGUAUUAUACUGCUUCAUUGAAUUUCUUGAAUUGCUUGAAUUUCUUGAAUUUCUUGAAUUCCAUCAUACCUGAAACUGAUAACUCUCACUGUUAUACCACAUUAUUGAAUUUCUUGAAUUGCCAAUUUCUGGAUCGUGGUUAGAUCUCGAAUCAAGAGUUCUUAAAGAUCAUUCAAACUUCUUUAAAUCAAUCUAUUACAACUCAUUUUCUUUUAUUUUUGAUUACCUCAACAAAAAAAAAUAGUGUGAUUUUUAAGCUAUGAAAAAGAAAUACAAUAAAAUAUUGAUUUAAAUUUCGAAGAUAUUUACUGUAGUGAUAAAGCAUUAUAUAGAUAAUUGCAUUGAGAAAUUUCUUAGACUAGAAAAUUAUGGAAUGACUUUUCUAUUCUCAGUUUCUAUCAAUUGAAUUUUUGAUUACAAAAGAAUGACAGCAUCAUUUUCAAAAAAUGUAUUUAUGUGAUUAAUUAUAAUCUGUAGAUCAUAAUGGAGUAAGUAUAGAAAAAUAAUUUAAAUAAACAAAUGUAUAAUUUAACAUAUAAAAAAGGAUUUUUUUAAUUGUCACUUUAACUAAAAGAAGUAUGAAUGAAGAUUUCUCUGUAUUUAAUGAUUGAAAUACUUCGUUUUUUUCAUAGAUACCUGCCGAGUUUAUUUCAUCGUUUUUUUUUUCUUCUUUCAUUGAAAGAAGAGCGUUAUGAUUUCUCAUUCUCUGAUUCUAAUUUCUUACAAUUUCAUGUUAAAACACUUCUGUCUUCUCUUCCUCAAUAUCGAAAGAAUUUUUACUAAAUCUUUUUUUUUAGUGUACUCAAAAAGUGAGUACACUACUAUAAUCGGUCAGUAUGUCCGUCCGGCCGUUAACACGAUAACUUUUGAAAGAAGAGUCCAAGCGCGACGAAAUUUUCUAUACAGUUCAGUCUUUACAAUGUCUCGGUCGAGAGAAGAACGAUGAGAAGGAUCCGUCGAGAAAUGACUGAGUUAUAAAAAAAAUUGUGAUUUUUCACCAGACCAUCCCUGAGGAGGGGGGGUACAGGGAUUUUUUUCUAAAAAAAAUUUUUUUCUAAUAAUUAUUCACAAAAUACAUAAAUCGACUCAGUUUUUAACGCUGAUUCCGAAUCUGAUAUUAGUUUUGAACCAAAUUAUAGCUUCCUAACAAAACAUUGCCUGAAGAAGGUCUCAAAAUGCCAAAAAACUGCAUCCAGAGACCAAACAGCCUAGAUGUGUCUCAGAUGAUCAGUAGUUUUGGGGUUUCCCAAAUGCCUGAUUUUGUAGUUAGUCAAAAGGACUGUUGAGAGGUAAAAACUCGAACUCGAUAGCUAUUAAUAUUGGUGAUGUAUUAGGAAAAUACUGAUGUUUGCAUCUCUGAUAUAUCUCUUAUAGAUUGAUGAGGUUGAUAACGAUCGUAAUCCUGCUAGAUAGAAGCACAAAUCCAUUGAAAACUAACUCUUCUUAGCUAAUUUUCCAAGGUAAACACGAAUCUGAACUCAAUUUGUGUGAUUUCUAAAGAUAUUCAAUAACUCUGAUAAUAGAGUCAGUGGUCACCGUCUAGGGUUGCAUAGAGUGUAGUCCAUACUAACUUCGCACUCCUAUAUUUUCUCCUUGCAAUUUAGUGAUAAAAAAACAUAGUGAAUAUACCUUUUCACUUUUCUUCAGUACACAUAACACUCGGAUUUAAAUCCGAAGUUUUCGCAUUUAUUUUUAUUCAAAUAUUUCGUUUCAUUAUUUUUUAAAGAUGAUUUAAAAUAAUUUUUGUUUUUAUUAAUAUAUGUUUAAUGAAUUAAUAAUGUUUGUUUAAAUUUAAACACUAAAAUUAAACCAUAGAUCGAAGUAUUGAAAUGUUCGAAAAGAUAUAUAAAUCGAUCAAAUACAAUGACGAACAAAUAACCAGUAUAUAAAUAAACAGAUGAUAUCAUAGAUUAGUUCAUAUUAUUGUAAACAUUUUUCUUCGAGAUUAUUUAUUCGUUGUUAUUUUUAUUUUAAAAAAAUGUCCAAAAUUAAAACGAUAACAUUAUUAAAAUCGACAACAUCUAUCAAAAAAAAUUUUCAAAUAAAAUAACUAAAGAUCCAAAUGCACCAAAACGAUAUCGAACAGCUUACAUAUUAUUUUCCGUUGAAAAACGUGAUGAAAUUAAAAAUGAAAAUCCAGGAUUAUUAUCAAAAGAAAUUAUAGCAGAACUUGGUGCACAAUGGAAAGCUGCUGAUGUUGCAACUAAACAACGUUUUCAAAAAUUAUCAGAUACUGAAAAAGUUAAAUAUGAAGAAAAAAAUGGCCGCUUACAAAAAUGA